AGAGGAUGAGAUGCCGAUUGGCAUCAUCAUCAUGAUGUCAGCAACAUCGGGGGGAGGGAAUGGGAAGCGUCUCGAACACUGGGCAUGCUGCUGAUAUGUCGGAGUGUCGUCCGGGCAUCGCUGGCGAGGAAGCAGAUGUCUGCCAUAUGCCAAGUGCUACGGACGAUGAUGUGCUGAUUGGGAUGUCCUCAUGCUAUGCCGCUGCCCACUCAACCGCCAUGCCUGACUCUGUCCCGAGCUUCCUUGAUGCGGCACUACCCCACUGGGGCCUUCCAGAUGCAGUGCCUAAGAAGGUGAUGAAGAUGGUGUCUACCAUAGCCAGGUCGGGCCUAAAUCUUACGGCGGUGGAAUAUGAAUCGGAAGACAAAUUGGUAGAACAAUACAAUAAACAGCCAUGUACAAUCUAUGCUGCUCUGGUAUUUGAGUCUGGCGAUUCUGAUGUACAAUUGACGAAUGGUCUGCCAGAAGAUUUGAAGUACUAUAUUAGGAUGAAUGGAACAUACCUGCCAUCGUCAUCCAAAUCGGAGAUGGUCCGGAGAGACCAGUGUAGAGUCUCCGACAGUCGCAUGUGCGAUACUCACAAGUACAUGCUUUCAGGCUUCUUGGCAAUGGAGGGUGCUAUUGCAAAGGCAGCGGCAGCAUCUGCGUUUCCGACAACUUGCAACAGCACAGGCCUUUGGUGGACUGGGACCCAGCAGCAAGGGCUGCCACCGUACAAGAACUCUUUUGCAUCUCCGAAUUUUAUGCUCUUUGCUGCCGUCUACAUGGUUUGGGCAUUUGCCCCUUUGCUCCACACCAUGCUGCUUCAUCUGAUUCAUGAAAAGGAAAGCCUUAUCAAGGAUUGCAUGCUGCUAAUGGGACUCAGAGAAAGUGUCUAUUGGAUUUCUUGGCUUAUCACGUAUGCAACGAUGUCGGCUAUCACAGCGGGUGUGAUGGUGGUCGCUGCAAGGCUGACAACGCUUCUGAGGCACUCGAGCAUGAUUGCAGUCUUCUUGACGAUUUAUCCAUACACUCUCUCCUUGGUUGCAAUGGCUUUUGCCAUGAGUGCAGUUUUCUCGAAGGUUCAAACAGCUGGUGCGGUUGGGGCUCUCCUGAUGAUAAUCGGAAGCGUGGGAAUCAUCCCUAUCAACAUAUUUAAUUUAGGGACGAUCGCGUGUGCUUUUUUGGCGUUGUUUUCGCCGAUUGGUUUGGCAAUGGCUGUCGAUGUCAUAAUAAGGGCAGAGGGAAGUGGUGAAGGAAUCUCAAUGGCAACAUUCUACUCCAGGUCGAUUGGUGUUGAUCCAGGUGACAGGCUUUCACCAUUGAGUGUCGGGGCUAUUGUGUAUAUUAUUGCUCUCUUGAUUUUGGUGAAGCUGGCGCAGCCGCAUUUGAAUCUUGAAAAGGUCUCCCUGCAGCCUGAGACUGAUUCAUUGUGCAGAACUCCUGACAUGGGUACUCCCUGUACAUCCUAUUAUACCGAACGAGACGAGGACGAGAAGCAACUUGCUUAUGUCACUUCAGGAACGAUCGCAGUUGAAAAACUUGUGGAGAGAAUUCUGUCCGAGUUCCAAUUCAGCGAAGUCAGUCGGUUUCCUGCUUCAGGUGCUGCAAAUGUGGAUAUGGAGCCUGUCGGAGAAGCUGUUCAUAAAAAGGCAGCUGUUGUUCUCAGAAACCUACGGAAAGUGUUCCCGAGGAAUCAAAGGCCAUGGUGGAAGCUCUGGAGUGGAUGGCUUGAUGCGAGGAACAGGGUCAGUGCAACCCGGAAGGAUUACCAAUCUGUUGCUGUAAAGGGGCUUACUUUGACAAUGUAUGAAGGGCAAUGUUUUGCGUUCCUGGGUCACAGUGGCUCAGGCAAGUCCUCUGUGUUGAAUAUGCUUGCUGGGCUAUCCACACCCACAUCUGGGGAAGCAUUCAUCUAUGGGAAUCGGCUGUCGCAUGGAGGUCAGUGGCUACAAUCCCUUGUGGGAGUCUGUCCCGAGAGGAACAUAUCAGUGGAUUGGCUUACAGUUGAAGAGCAGUUGCGUUUCUUCGCUGCAAUCAAAGGGUGCCGACUCUCAAGCCGUGGGCCAAGAACUGUUGAGGGUGGUAGAUUAUCCCCUAAUCCUGCAAGUGGAUUGAAAGCUGCUGAUGGCGUAGCAGCAACUAUAAUUCGGGAGAUGGGCUUGGACGAUGAUGCAGGCAAACCUGCAGCAAGUCUGUCACUUGCUGGAAAGAGAAAGCUGAGCCUUGCCAUUGCGAUGAUUGGAGACCCUCAGGUGAUUCUGAUAGAUGAGCCCACGCGAGGGCUGGACCCCAUCACCAGGAAGCAGGUGUGGGACAUUCUUCUGCGGCGGCGCGCAGGGAGAGUUAUAAUAAUAACAUCUCAAUCAAUGGACGAAGCAGACCUUGUUGCAGACCGCAAGGCGAUCUUGUCCCAUGGUGUCUUGAAAUGCUGUGGUAGCUCUUACUUCCUUCGCAACCGCUUUGGUUUGAGUUAUUUGCUGCAUGUGACAAAAGGGCCUACGUUCAACAGCUCUGCUGUGCUGGGCCUAAUCCACAGGAACCUCCCAGAUGCUGUACUCUUUCCAACCGACCGAAGGCAGGCCCAUGCAACUUUCAGACUACCGAUGGGAAAGCUCGCUGAAACAGCACGGAUGAUAACAGACCUUACUGGGAAAGCCCAGGAGCUUGGCGUUGAGGGGGGAGCGUUGGAGGCUACAACACUGGAAGAAGUGUUCAUGCAGUUUCAAGAUGAGGAAGAGGAAGAAGCGGGGAGUUUGGCCCUCACAUAUGGUGGAAAUCGUUUGGGUGAUUGGUCUGGUACACCUGGAUAUUUCAACAUGGACCAUGGUGAAGGGGAACAGCUGCUGGGUGUGCGUGAUGAUUUUGUAGCUGAUAAAAGGCCACACCCAUCAUUCCUGAAGCAAACCACAGCGUUAGUGCCUAUGAAAUUGAGAGUCUACAGGAGGAACUGCGGGGUGGUUUUCAACACAUUCGGCAUUGCUGUGGUUUUUGCCCUGAUUGGAUUUCUCAUCCAUGCUGGUUUCCGAGUCCCAAGGCCGAGUACUGUUGACCUUCUGGAUAGCAGUCUUGGGAGCAAAGUUCCACUCUUCUACUCUGUGGAACAACCAUUACAGUCUGCUGAUGCAAGGCAACUUCUUGACACUCUUGGGUCGAACCAUGAGAGCAUGUCCCGGCUGACCUUGGCAAACAGAUUCUCUGGAGAUGAAGGGUACUUUUGGGCAAUAGGAGGGCCAAGAGCACCAGUGGGUAUCGUGUUUAACGAUGUGAGGGUGGCAGAGUGUGUGAACAAUUACACGGUCAUUUAUCAGCCAUGGCAUGUGCAUCAGCUGGCGAGAGUCGUGGCAACCAUAGACAACGCCUUCUUUAAGCUUCUGGCUUCAAAUCUUACCAGUGCGGAUCACAUGAUAACUAAGACGUUGACUCCACGAGGGCGUCCUCUUCCUUGGGAGGAUGUUAAUGACUUGGUGGCAUACUUGGUCAGUGCGCUCGUUGUUGUUGGCCUCAUAUUGGUGGCGCCGAUCCUGGCAGCGCAGGUACUUUGUGAGAAAGAGGUGGGGUUGAGACCAAUACUACAUCUGUCAGGGCUCCGCGGAUCAGCAUAUUGGGCUUCAACUUACGUAGUGGACAUGGUGAUGUUUGCAUUGUGCGGUGGUAUUAUCAUACUGAUGGGAUGGGUGUUUGGUCGCCCUCCUUUUAUCCAUGGGGCGCUGCCGGCACUUGCAGCCGUUUUUCUGUUUGGAUGUUCAGCGAUGGUUUUGAUGAGCUACACUCUGAGCUUUGGCUUCUUCAAUUCCCAGUGUGCGGCCUUCACGCUGUCAAUCAUCUACGUCAUCAUUGGCAUCAUCCCGUAUUUCUGGGUUAUUGUCUUCACAGAAGGUUUGAACAUGAUCACACAUGGUCUGCUUGUGUUCCUGGACCCUCCGUACGCAUUUCUUACCGGCAUCCAUUUCGUCACAAGGACGCAGCAGUUUCUGAGAGCGGAAAAUGGUGCGGCGCCAUCUCCAGAUGUUCCAUCCAUAGAGUACUUCCUGUGGCCGAACCUUGUGAGCAUGAGUAUCGCUGGCAUGCUGGCGAGCUCCGUAGCACUGACUAUUGCACUUAGCUUGCUGCAAGGCUCACUCCAUAAUCCGGAGCCGAAGGACGAGAGUCUGCGAGAUAUAUGGGCGUUGGACGGACCGACCGACGACACACGGGACGACGAGUUGAAGAAGGAGAAGGAAAGAGUAAAAGAGCACGUUGAAAUGUGGGAGAGAGCGGGUAUGAUCGACACCAGUGAGACGGAGGACAGAGAUCUUAUCCUGUGCUACAACUUGUGGAAGGUCGAUAAUCCGAACUCUAGCUGCCUUGGGUCCAGUUCCGAACUAAGCCCAUCAGGUACAGCAGGGAUAAGAAGACUAUGGCUCGGAGUUUCCAGAGGGGAGAUUGUUGUUUUGCUGGGAGGAGAUAAGGCAGGGAAAUCUACGGUCAUGCAGUGCUUGACAGGGAUGAUGCAGUUGUCGUAUGGUGAUGCAAUUGUUAACGGUCAUAGUGUGCGGUACAGCUUCGCACUGAACCCCGCAUCGGCUCUCGGAUACUGCCCUCAAGACGAGGUCCUUUUCGGCUCACUAACUGUGAAAGAGCACUUGGAGCUGUAUGCUACGAUAAAAGGCGUUCAGGAACCAAUCGGCCUUGUUGUCGAGGAUGCAAUUCAGGGCAUGGGACUCACAGAUGCGGCAGGGCGAAAAGUGUCGGACUGCAGCGUGCAGGUCCAAAGGAAGCUGAGCAUUGCCAUUGCGAUGAUGGGAAGACCACCUGUCAUUCUUCUUGAUGAACCGACUAAAGGGAUGGACCUUGCCAGUAGAAGGGUUCUUUGGUCUCGUAUCUCGCAGCAGUCAAUGCACAGAGCAACCCUGAUUUCCACGCAUUCGGUGGAGGAGGCAGAGGCACUCGGGACUCGGGUCGGCAUACUUGUCGACGGGGAGCUUCGUUGCCUGGGAUCUCCUCAGCAGUUGAAGCGUCGAUUUGGGUCAGCGUACACACUACUGGUUUCGGCGCGAUCGGACAGGCUUCAGGCGAUACGGGAAUUCAUAGUCACUCUGUUCCCUCCCACGUCAGCACUCCAAGAGGAUGAUGACUACGUUCCCGGAAUGACCACGGGAGGGAUACAGCUGGAAGAAGAACUGCUUGGGAACGAAAUAGGCGUCUUGGCGAACGGGCAGGCUCGAUUCCGAGUGCCGGUGAGCGGUCUGUCAUCGCUUGCGAUGUUGCUGCAUGAACUAGAGGCAAACCGAAUAACGCUGGGGAUCGAGGACUACAGCGUGAGUCAGCCGACUCUCCAACAAGUGUUUUACAGACUUAGUCGAGGUAGGGGCGAGGUACGUCAUGAAAGCGGCGAGCCGUGGAGAGGUAGUGUCUUUGGGGGGAGAAGUAGUGUUCGGUGAGAGAUGGAUGAAUCGCAAACGGUUGAUGCAGUUUGGCCACCUUGUUUGGUGAGUGACUGACAAAAUGGUUUCUUCAGUUUUGUUGCCUGAACUCACGCGGUUUGAUUUCUCAUCAUACAUAGCUGGCUAGCCUUUCGACAAAAGCAUUGAUAUAUGGCUAUUUGCGAAUUUUCAAUUUUGAGAAUAAGUUGAACAGGAGCCCGGUUGUUUCCGUUUGUGAGUGUUGAGCUCGGAUAUAGUGGCAAUAGUAUCGAUGGGUGCUUAGAGUGCUCCGAUCAGCAGCCGGUCAAUCUGUCUGCGAAUUUUCGACACAAAUGAUGUGAGUGGUUCUUACCUCGUCACCCUUGACGAUACGGUAUUGCUCUGUUCUUUUUUUCUUCUUUUCUUUUCUUUUCUUUUCCUUUUUUGUCGGGCAUGAAAGCUGUCGCAGCAGCAUAUUUGCCUCGGACUCUCUCUCUCGCUUGAAGUGGUUCGUCAAGACUGAUAUGGCUAGGGUUUGUGUUCCGAUUGGGCUGCGGCCUGGAUGGUCAGAUGGCUUGCAUGACCGAUCAACAGGCCAGGAAUGGUUCUAUCUUUCAUUGCGUUCCCGUUCUAUUUCCGUCCCCUCCCCUUUGCUUCGCUUCCCUUGCCUCUCGUUCCAGCAUCUCCUUCUCUCUCCUUGUUUGCUCUGCGUGAACUAGUGUGUUCUUUCAGCUGUGUGGUCACAGUUGCUGCAGUUUUGCCUCCUGGCUGAAGGCUUGAGCAUUGCAGUUGAGUCCGCUGUGUUGACAGUGUGUUGCCUUAUUUUGAGCAUGAAAGUCUUCAACGAACGGGGGGGUCUGCGACAAAGGGAAACAUGGCUGAUAAGUUCUCUGACUGGCGGCUGCUGACCAGGAUCUAAUUACCUCCAUUGGCAGUGGUUUGGUGGUCAGUUGAUUGAUUGACGUGAACCAGUCUGUGAUUAAUCGUUGAUUGAUUGGGAGGUUGAUUGUGAUUGAUUGGGUGGUUGAUUGAUUGGUUGAUUGAUUGGUUGAUUGGUUGGUUGGUCGAUGAAUAGAUUGAUCUGUUGUUUGACUGACUAAGGGGCCAACUAACUCAUUGAGUGAUGCAACUGGUUGAUUGAGAAAUGCCUGAGUGGACUUGUCAGGAUACGAUCUCUUUAUGGAUGAGGGGGAAUGGAUGAGUUGGCUGUUCUUCUUCCUGAGUGAUCCAUUGAUUGAUUAAUAACUGAUUGACAUGUUGGUUUGAUUGAUUGGACAGUUGGUUGAACGGCGAAUGGUUGGUUUGAUGGUUGGUUGUACAGUUUGUUGGAUGGUUCUUUCAUCGGCGGCUGGUUGAUUGGUCGACUGGUUGAUUGCUUGCUUCAACGUUUGGUCGAUUGCUUGCUUCAACGAUCUGUCGAUGGUUCUUUCAUCAGCUGGUUGAUUGGUCGACUGGUUGAUUGCUUGCUUCAACGUUUGGUCGAUUGCUUGCUUGCUUCGACGAUCUGUCGAUGGUUCUUUCAUCGGCGGCUGGUUGAUUGGUCGACUGGUUGAUUGCUUGCUUCAAUGUUUGGUCGAUUGCUUGCUUCAACGAUCUGUCGAUGGUUCUUUCAUCGGCUGGUUGAUUGGUCGACGGGUUGAUUGCUUGCUUCAACGUUUGGUCGAUUGCUUGCUUGCUUCCACGAUCUGUCGAUUGCUUGAACGAUGAUAAUCGAUGCACUGAUUGGAGUGAGUGCUUGGUUAACUAAGCAAUUGAUUGGUCAGUGUAUCAAAUCUGCGAUUCAUCGCUUGAUAUUGGGACUCGUUCCAGUACUCACCAUAUGCACAAAAGAUAAAAACAUAUUGUGGUGCAUCUUUCCAUCUUCUAGCGGAAGAUUCAUUCCCAUUUUCCACAUUUGGUGAGUAGACGGAGUCCCAUUCUCCUGGCAGUUGCACGGAAGAUUGUGCUGAACUGCAAGGUCAGCGGGAGCUAUGCCAGUCAGAAUAUCCUUGAAGGUGCAAUCCACAUUUCAUUUGUUCGUGAACUUUUGGCUGAACAUAGUGUGUUUCCAGUCUUGGGGCUUGUAGGGGGGAGGAAUGGACGUGUAGGAUCGUGCAGACUGCAAAGCAAGGAGGAGCUCCACCAGCCAGCAGACCAGAUAUCGGCGCAAGAGAGGAGUGUGGUGCAAUGGGUCAGGUGGACUUUCCCUUUUCAGUGAGUGCUAUACCCUUUUCAUGAGGUCGGUGGGGAAAUGGUGCGAAAGUGCGCGCGCAUGCGCACACCGCAUGGGGGAGCUGAGCGGAGAAGCAGGGAGAGGCGGAUUUGAUAAUCCGGGGGAGAUGGGAAUCGAUUGGGUGGAGGAGGAAGAUUGGAUGCAGGGGGGGGGAAUGCGAGCAAGGGCGAAUGCCGGAGUAGGCGGAGAUGCGGACUCGAGGGGCAGGGGGAUAAAAGCGAGCGAGGUUGGGGAGGGCGAGGGCUGGAGUAGACGGAAAUGCAUACGAGGGGGAUUGGAAUCGAUGGAUUCCAAGGGAAUGCGGUGGAAUGAGGACGGGCAGGUGACGGACUUUACCCUUGUCAGUGAGUGCCGUACUUGCCUCCCGUUGCAGCGGUGGCAGGGUGUGUUUUCCCUCUCCCUCUCCCCCCCUUUUCGUGGAGGAAACAAAUUCUGUUCUUAGGCAACACAUGUAAAUGUUCAUAUGGCUUGACGUUUGCUGCACCACUGGCUGCUGAGAAUGCCUGUAUGCCUGCUUGCAGGGCAAACAGUGGCCCCCGGCGGUGCCUGCAUUACAGAGGAGAGGAAAUAGUUCGAGUCGAGUUGCGAUGAGUCCUCCUAGAGGAAACGGUUCCGGCAAUGCGAAUGUGCGGUAGGAAGAAUAAUCGAAGACGGGAUGGAUGAUUUAUGGUCUUUUUUUUUUUCUUUUUUUUUUUUUUGGAUGAUCUAUGGUCUUAGUUUUAGUGGAGCAGGGGAUAUAGGCAGCCAGCUUGAAAGUGUGCAACCACCGUGACACGAGGUAAGCAGUUUUUGUUUCCGCUCCCGCUUUCAUCGUUAGGUUGUGUUGUGUAGCUGUGCGGAAUGUGUCCCGCGA